AUGGAAGAAGCCGAAGCAGUCAUGAAGAUCAUCGACCGAUGCUGGUUCGAGCUCGAGAUCUUCAAGAAACGACCAGACGCAUCGCCUUCUUCAGCCUUUGGAUCCGAUCCGGAUCAAAAAAGCAUAGAAAUACCCGAGAAAGUAAGCCCGUGUCUUCAUAUUUCUCGGACUCCGUCGAUUCUUGUGAGGUCCAUGAGCGAUCAAACGAGCAUCAUCCCAUCAAGCUUCCAAUCAAGCCCUCUCUCUCCAGACUCAGUCCUUCACAUGACGCCCAUUCACAGCAUGAUCUAUGAAGAAGAGGUAAUCACAGAAGAAGAAAAGGAAGGUUUCGACUGGAACAACCCGAGAAGCUCGAAGUUCUCGCGCAGAAAGAAGGGCCAGAUGGGAGAAAGAGCGAAGAGGAGGGCCUUGAGCAAGAGCUUGUCGGAGCUUGAGUUCGAGGAGCUAAAAGGGUUCAUGGAUCUGGGGUUCGUCUUCUCGGAGGAAGACAGAGUCGACUCGAGCCUGGUCUCCAUCAUUCCUGGGCUACAGAGACUGGGCAAGAAAAUCAAAGAUGGCGAUGAAGACGACGAAGAUGGCGAUCAUCAUCGAGAAGAUGGUGAUGAGAAAGAGAUUGUUGGCGAGCCUGCAGUUGUCGCGAGGCCUUAUCUGUCGGAGGCGUGGGAAUGGUGGGAGGAGAAGAGGAAGGAGGAUCCAUUGAUGAACUGGAAGUUUCCUGCUCUUGGGAACGAGACCGACAUGAGAGAGAGUCUCAAAUGGUGGGCUCACACCGUUGCUUCAACUGUUGUUAGAUGA